CGUUGGACGACAGUCUUCGGUCCGACAUCUCCAGCAACAUGAGUCUAAUCAAAGAUAAAGUCUUGUACUCCAAAAUCCCCGUCACUCAAAAUGAGCUUCCGGAUUUCACCAAGAAUUCCGUUUUAAGUCUCUUGUUUGCAAGAGUUCGGAAGCAAAUCCAGGAGAAGGGCGAUUUUCUGUGGUUAUUGAAUGCCGACCUAGGAAUUCAGGACAAACCCGAGGAUGAUGUUGGUUUCGACAAACGGAUGGCCUCCGAUAUCGAGCCCUUGUCCCAAAAAAUGGCCAAAGCCAUGAAGUCUCUCGGAUUCAAAGCCAAGGAUGUCACCCAUUUGGCUCUACCAAACAACACCGAAUUCUUUAUUCCGGUCUUUGGAACGUUCAUUUGUCAAGGGACAGUCUCGUUAGGAGAUCCUGACGUGAAGUCAGAGUUGAUGCGAUAUCAGCUUAAAGAAGCUGGCGCCAAAUUCGUAUUUUGCACCGCCAGCAACUUGGAGCGCGUGAAAGAGGCCGCGCAAGGUAUGGAUAUCAAGAUCGUUGUUGUGAGAGAUCACAAGUCCCACGGCGAGGGUAUCUACAGCUAUUCCAAAUUGUUGGAGGAGGCAGACGAUGGCAAGAAUCAUGAAGAGGAUGCUUAUCCAAUUUUGGAUUUGACUGCCAGGUCAACCAUUAUUUGGUCGUCUGGAACCACGGGACAACCCAAAGGGAUCGAGCAAAGCAACAAGAUGCUCGUAAGCUGGCUAUUCACCACCAAGUUGCCCAUGGUAACGGACAAGAUUAUUCAAACCACGUGCUUCUUUCAUGGCGGCGGGUUUGGCAUGCCCAUUUACGCUGUGGCCGACGGAAUGACCUCCAUUUUCUUUCCCAACCAUGCUUUGGAAGAACGCAUUGAAAAGAUCCACGAGGCAGUCCACAAAUUCAAGGCCAAAAGCAUGGUCGGUGGAUCACAUCACGCCAUUCGCUUGGCCAACAUUCCCAAAGCCCGAUCUGAUUUAGACCUUAGUUCUUUGAUGAUUAUGGCGCCAAUGGGUUCCAAUGUCCCCGAAGAUACUCAGGAGAACCUGGUUCGCACUUUCCCCAAUAUCAAACAGAUGUUCAACUUCUACUCCAUGACUGAGUUUGGCGCGUUGGUGUCCCUCUCUACCACGCCCAAGAAUUUGGGUGUGGUGGCCCCUCGGAGUCAGGUCCAAGUUAUAAAUCCAGAGACCCAAGAGCCCUUGGGACCCAAUCAAAGCGGGGAAAUCCUAGCCAAGGGUCCAAGUUUGAUGAUGGGAUACCUCAACCGACCUGAGGAGACUGCAGCGUGCUUCACUCCCGAGGGUUACAUUCGUACCGGAGAUAAGGGCCAUUAUGACGAGAACGGCAUUCUCUACUUCGAUGGUCGAUUGAAGGAUCUAAUCAAAUUUGAGAACAAGCAUCUGUAUCCCCUCGAGAUUGAAAAAGUUAUUAUCAAGCAUCCCGGUGUGGACGACGUGGCAGUCUUCGGAAAACCGGAUCCACUUCAUCAAGAACUAAUUACGGCCGUGGUGGUCAAAGCUCCUGGCUCGGAUGUGACCGAGGAGGAUAUUAUCAAAAUGGUGGCCGAGAACCUGGACGAUUUCAAACAUCUUCGCGGGGGUGUCAUAUUUGCAGAGUCCUUGCCCCGGAACACUGUGGGCAAAAUCCUGCGACAAAAACUCAAGGAACUGUAUGGUUGAAAAUGUUCCAAGCACGAUUUAUGUAUACCAACUAUUUAAAUACUAGAUUUUAACAUUGAACGUAAUAGAUCAUAUUUUUUCCCGUU